CAAAGACUAUUUAAGACCCAGCUUUCGUAUCCAAAGAUUCAACCCCAGCAAAUCACAAUAAUAAGGAAUCAAGUACUGUGUGUGGAUUAGUGAAGAUCAAAUAGAAUGAUGGCAUCGAAUCUGGAUUCAGCUUCUUCCAAUUCCUCCGAUGUUUCUCAAUUUCAGCAUACCCCUUCUUACUGCGAAGAAAAUGUCUAUUUGCUCUGCAAGAAACUAUGUGCGGAUGGAGUAGCUGAUGUAUCUGAUCUCUUUGUUGUCUUCAUUUCUAAUGAGAACAAGCAUAUCCCGUUGUGGCAUCAGAAAGCUAGCCAUAGAGCUGAUGGGAUAAUUAUAUGGGAUUACCAUGUCAUUUGCAUCCAGAGACGGAAAGAAGGAAAGGCUGUGGAUCUGGUAUGGGAUUUAGAUUCAUCUCUCCCAUUUCCGUCAACCCUACCAUCCUAUGUUUCAGAAAGCAUCCGACCAUCUUUCGAGCUAUUUUCUGAAUUUCAGAGGGUCUUCCGUAUAGUGCAUGCUCCACUAUUUCUCCGUUAUUUUGCCUCUGAUAGGAGACACAUGAAGGAUUCAGAAGGAAAUUGGACGUCUCCUCCACCGGAGUACCAAGUCCUAGUAGCUGAAGACGGAACUGUGCACAACCUAAACGAGUACAUAAACAUGUCCACAAAAGACGUAUUGGAAGAUGUAGGAGAUGACUCCGUCAAUGCAGUUUUUACCAAACAAUUCGGCGUACUAGUAGGCGAGAGCCAGUUGGAGCAAUUCUUCUCUUACAUUUCACGGUAAUUGGGGCCCUUGUUUGCAUUCUGCUGCAACAUUGCACCAUUUUCUGAUGCUUAUAUGAAAAACAUGUAUGUGAGCGAAAUAAUUUGAUUGUAAAUCGUUUUCUAGUUUCACCAAGAAUGAGUUUUGUGUUUCUCAUGGUAGUGUUGGGGAAUUGGGUUCUGUGGUUGAAUAUAACUUGGAUGUUUUUAUAGA